UUGAGGCUUGGCUUGACUUUGAGGAAAUCACAUGACGAAGAAAAUUCGCAGUAAACAUGGCGUUUAAUGGGAGCGAUUCUUGGCUGUCCGCACACGAUAAUUGUGUGGCCAGAGGGCGUGAAAUAAUGGAGCAGCUAAUACAAAGGAACCAACUGAACAGGAACACGGGACCCUUUGUUCACGCCACCAGCAGAAUAAGGCAGUUGAUAAAGCAGUUUACAAGUGAUGUCUCACAACUGGAGACGGGUUUAAAUUCUGCCUCUAUCACAUCACAAAUAACUACAAGAGAAGCGGAACGUCGCCAGUAUAUGUUGAACACCUUGUUGAAUAAAAAACGUGAGAUGGAGUCAUUGUUGCAUGAGAACGCCGGACUCAGGCACGAAGCCAGGGGUGCAUUGUUUGGUUCUGAUCUUGCAAGUGCCAAAUCCAAUGAAGCAGGUUGGAAUGCGGAUGAAACGGAAGCUACUCAAGACUUAACAGUCGAGCAAAUUAGGGAGCAACAGCAAAUGGCAGUUAAAGCCCAAGAUCGUGGUCUAGAAAAUUUGUCACACGUAAUUGGUCGUCAGAAACAGAUGGCGCUAGGUUUCAAUCAAGAACUCGACCUGCAUAAUGAGAUCCUAGAUGACAUUGAAAACCACACAGACCGUGUGAAUAGUCGUCUUAUUCGUGAAACCAAAAACGUUCAGCUUGUGGACAGAAAGGCUGGCACCUGUGGCUACUGGGUGGUUAUUUUGCUCCUGAUGGUAGCAAUUGUUGUUGUAGCUGCUGUUAAGUUUUAGAUAGAACCUUCAUUCCGAUGGCUAAGUACAGGCCUAGCUGCCCAGUUGAAAUGUACAGUAUUUUGAACAUACUUUGAUAUGGUGCACCUUGUGCACGGACAUUUUGAUAGAUAUAUUUUGUAGCCAUGGAAAUAUGAUGUGAGUCACACUUUUGAACAUUUAUUCAAUUAUAUUUGCAUGUAUAUUUCCCAUACCAGUAGAGCCAAAACAGGAAUGCAAGGAGACAAACAAAACAUUUUCAACUUGACAAGAGAAUGUACACCGAGUGAGUGGGAAAAGGAAGAGGGAGAGAUGGAAAGGCGCAAAAAGGAGAAAACCUCAAACCUCCUUUUUCCUCGCAUUCGGUGUAUAUUCUCUUCUCGAGUUGAAAAUGAGACAAGUUGCUGGGUCGAGCUGUUGUGUUCUUGUUGUCACUCGGGCUUUUUCACUGUAGGCAGGCGCGGAUCUAGGGGGGGUCCGGACCCCCUCCACCCCCUCAAUUCCAGACUUGAACAUAGGGUUCAGUGGACCAAUCCCAGCAUGCACGUGGCACUUGUCCGUAGCGGACCCCCCCCCCCCCCUUUUCGGGAAAAUCCUAGAUCCCUGACUGUAAGAGUACCUCCACGAGCUUGCCCACAUCUACGCGAUCUUAUCUUGUAUGGAAAUAUUUGAUUGUAGCUUGUCAGCAACAACCCUUCCUAGUGUUUUUGUGUGAUUCAUCACUUAUCUUUAGAAUAGAUACCAGGUUCUGUGCAUCACCAACUCUCCAUGUAAGCACGACCUAGAUUUCGUGGACAUUGUUCACAAGGUGAAUGGUUUCAUAAAUUGAAGUUUUCAAUGAUUGGGAAGGCUGAAAUGGGCCAUACGAACACGAGAGCACUGCUCUGUGGAACUUUGUAAUCACCAGAAUAGUUUUGAAAAUGCAUUGUAAUGACGCUUUUGUACUAUUGCCUGCCCAGUGGUUCACCGUUCAAAACAAAAUCUUGGUACCUUAACACAGUCUGUCUUCAGCAUAAUGUAUUGCAUCCUGGAUGUGCACGCAUACUUAGCAAUGACAGCAUUAUGUUUCACAGGCACAGUUUUUGCUGUUGUCAUUAUCCCGUGCGAGGUUGACUCUGUAUUGUCUAGUCCCUUGUCCCAAAAAAAUCUGUGCCAAAAUAGAGUCUGGGUUUGUCAAAGUAUGCACUUGCUUUCAUUGGCAGAUGCCUCCUUCAUCCCUGGUACUAAAAAUUAUGUUCCACGUGAAAGAAUAUUUUCAGUAGUUGCAGGUGCUGUUAGCAAACAAUGAGCAAACAUUGUAUUCUUACAGUGAUCAUUUAUAGCCAAUCAUACCUGUACCUACGCUGUUCCUUUUGUAUGCAGUGAAUACAUGGGUGGUCUUUGACUUUGUUAAGUGUCAUGAUGAAGGGCUGUGACAUGCAAUCACGUGUUUGCAUAAAUAUUUAAAGACUA